AAAGGUUAAUGCUAAAACUUCGUCUAUUGAACCACUUGUUUCUGAUGAAGUUAUUCCCGAUGUCGUGGAUAAAUUUAAACCUGAGGCUGUGCUUAAUAUAAAAUACGGUAAAAAGAAAGUAGAAUUUGGUAAUGAAUUUACAGUUGAAGAUACUCAACAAGCUCCCAAUGUUAGUUUUGUACUUGAUAAAUCAGAUUACGAUAAUAAAUGUCAAUAUACGCUGGUUAUGAACCCAACUUUAAGAGAAUCACUUCAUUGGAUCGUUGGAAACAUUCCAUCUAAUGGAAAGUUGUCUAAAGCAACACAAUUUGAUGAUUACAUAGGACCAGCACCCCCCUCUCAAACUGGUUUUCAUCGAUAUGUGUUUUUGUUAUAUCGUCAGCCAGUUCCACAUAUUGAAUAUCCGCAGUUAAACGACUCAGCAAGACUUGGUUUCAAAACACGCCAAUUUGCUGAACAAUACGGAUUAAAACUAAUCUCUGCCAACUAUUUUAAAUGCAAGAGAGAUUAA